CUCGGUUGCACGUCACCGACACCAACAGACAAGAGGGGCUUGCAAGCACCGUUGAUAUUUUAGGUGCAUCGCGAACACGCAGAUCCAGGGGAAGACGACGUGGCCGUGCCGCAGGCGGAAUCCUAAUCAUGGGUGCCGUGCUGCAGCCCUGAAGGCAACAUGAAGCGCAAGAGCGAGAGGAGGCGAGCGGAGUCGAGGAGAAAGAAGUGCUGCGCAGCCCAGCGCGGCUCAGAGGCGGAGCCAAUCUCGGAUAUUUACAUUGAGAUUUCAGAUCAAUUGUAUUUCGCCAUCCUUCAACAAAAGAUCAAAAGUACGACAGAGCGGCACUGCUUCUGCAUAGACGAAGAGCUGGCAUAUGAGAAUUUCUACGCAGACUUUGGCCCCCUCAACCUGGCCAUGUUUUAUCGCUUCUCUUGCAAGCUGACAAAGAAGCUCAAGUCCAUUACACUUUCGAGGAAGAAGAUUGUAUUUUACACCUGCGGUGACCAGAAGAAACAAGCCAACGCUGCCUACCUGAUUGGCUCAUAUGCAGUAAUGUACCUGAACAUGAUGCCAGAGGAGGCCUACAGUCUGCUGGUGGCAAAGAACCGCACGUACAUUCCAUUCAGAGAUGCCUCGUUUGGAACCUGCAUGUACAAUCUGAGCAUCCUGGACUGCCUCUGUGCUGUUCACAAGGCCCUGCAUUACGGCUGGCUUGACUUCUCCGACUUUGACGUGGAGGAAUACGAGCACUACGAGAGGGCAGAAAAUGGAGAUUUGAACUGGAUCAUUCCGGGAAAGUUUCUCGCCUUUAGCGGGCCUCAUCCCAAAAGCAAAAUCGAGAACGGCUACCCUCUGCAUGCACCCGAGGCCUACAUUCCUUACUUUAGGAAGCACAACAUCACCAGUGUCAUCCGGCUCAACAAAAAGAUGUAUGACGCCAGGCGCUUCACCGACUCGGGCUUUGAACAUCAUGACCUAUUUUUUGUGGACGGGAGCACGCCCAAUGACGCCAUUGUCCGAAAGUUCCUCAAUAUUUGUGAGAACGCAGAAGGAGCCAUUGCCGUCCACUGCAAAGCUGGUCUGGGGCGAACCGGCACUCUGAUUGGCUGUUACAUGAUGAAGCAUUACUGCAUGACUGCGGCGGAGGUCAUCGCUUGGAUUCGGAUCUGCCGUCCGGGGUCCAUCAUCGGGCCUCAGCAGAACUUUGUUGAAGAGAAGCAGAACAGUCUGUGGGCAGAGGGUGAUGUCUUCCGGGAGAAGAUGCUAAACGAAGAGAAGAAUGGUAAACUGGCCGUGACCAGAAUACUCUCUGGAGUUGAUGACAUAACCAUUAACGGCAGCAACAAGAUCAGGACAUCCAAGAAAGGAGUGACUGAAAUGUAUAAUGACGACGAGGAGCGGAACGGCUUGACACAGGGUGACAAACUGCGAGCCCUGAAGAGCAAGAGGCAAGUCAGAUCCUCAAGCUCAUUAUCACAGGUGGUAAUGCUCUGCUGCGGCCUCACAGGCGCGCUCUGGCCAAUGUCUUGCCUGUCGUUUAAAAGAUAGCUGAGGGAGAGUGGUGUUGUGGACAGGAAUGAAAUGGAUGUGAGGUUUGAAGGAGGUAAGAGCAUGUCACUUCCUAUUUUUAAAAGCUACAGUCGAUACUUGUUCCUGUUGAAAUGGAUGGCUGAUUAAUUUUUUUUUCCCCUCCUUUGCCGCGACACGGAUAUGCAAUAAGUACAGUACUUGCACUACAAUUACUCUUGCCUCUCAUAGACUGGCUGUUCUGCUGUAUUUUGCUAACAGCUGUGCAUUGGUCUGCAGCAUAACAGACUUCAAUGUCCAGUGCUUGGAUUCCAUUGAUUAAUGCUCCUGGUGAAGAUUACCUAUUAGUAAACGGAGCCCCCCCCCCCCUCUUUUAGAAAAGGCUUGUUCAAUCAUCUCAAGUGUUUACAUGAGAUUUCCCCUGAUCCUCACUUGACCAUAGUGGAUUCUAAAUGCCCUUAUCUCUGAAGGAGUAUUAAAGCCGCAUUGAAACUAUGGCUGUGUUAACAUUGUUGGUGAAUUUUGGUUUAUUUUUUUGCCCAUAUGUGACAUGUAUCACGUUUUUUUGGGAGGGGGCCGGGGGGGGUCAUGCACUGUACAAUUCGGUUUGCUUUCAAAUCCGACUAAUGCCUCUCUAUAUUUGGAAAUAAGUGGAAUGUGGAUCCAAUGCGAUUGCAGCUUGGAUGCUCGGAUUUGAUUUUUGACACUGCCGUGCAGUGUCAAUGUAGCAAAUGAGAAUAAAGCCAAAUAAAUCCUCAAAAUGACCUCCUAUUCAGAUAUCAUCUAUUUGGACCAUUGUAUGUCAUUGACAUAGCUGGAUUAACAUGGCUGCAUCCAACCAAAAUGGCUGACUUCCUGUUCAGUUUUGUGCAUGGGUCUUUGAGACUGUCAUGUGUUGAGAAUUUUUACAAUUGGUCAGUUAUCAGGCUUUUUGGCCCCCCAAAAGUCUGUAUUUUGGUCAUUUUGAAAUUCAAAGAGGGCCGUCGCAACACCUGCUGCUUUGGCCCCAAAUAUUAUAAAAUUGCACUCUUUUGCACGGAAAGAAGUUAUAAAUAUAAGGGGGGGGGGUAAACAAGGCAAUUUUUGGUGCGGUAAUUUGUAAUAUCACAGCUUGACACAUAUCGUUUCCGUGAGGCCCUAAUACUCCUUUUGUACAUCUGAGCGCAAGACGGUCAGUGUUGUGCUGGGAUCAAAUGACCUUCUGCCAAGGGAACAUUGAGGCAGGGUGGAAAUGUCCUUGCGCUUUCGGCCGUGUGGUUUAUCGUUGUUGCGAAACACCCAUCUAAUCCUCAGCUGAGCCCCCACCGUCUGGCUUCACUGUUUAACACUGAAGAGCGUGUCAUAUUUCACCGCAAACAAUGUAAAAGCACCUUUUCCGCCUCCCUCCACUCACCUUCCAUGCAUGGCAACGGGCACGACAUCCUCGGACAUGCACGCCUCAUAGAUGCCUUCUAUCUAUCUCUCUGUGUCUAAUGGUCACUAAAUAUUCGGCAGAGUUCACACGGCUUAAUUGCCUGUUUUGUUUUUGUUUGUUUUAUUACAACUGAGACUGGAUCAGUACAAGUGUAACUUUGGAGCUUGUUUACUCUUGAUAUUUGCAUUCACCAGACAUUUCAUUUCAGUGUACUGAACUGAUAUAUUUCUGAUACGUCAUUUCACUAGCAUGUCCAGGUGUACCUAACGUUGUGGUCUGUGAGUGUAAACAGUACAUAUUCACUUCGUGGGAUACUUUUCCAUUUGCUGUAUUUUAUUAGUACGCAAAUUAGAUUUUUGUCAUCCUAAAAUAGAUGCUACAGAAGGUCAAAUCUGUACAUUUUCCAAUGUGAUUGACUCAAUGUCUGUGUUUUUGUUAUUUUUAUAAUCAUACUGUUGCACCUUUCAAUAAACCAGCACAUAUUUAAUUAAAUCACCAUAUAUCAUUUGUCCAUUUGGACGGACGCUGGUGAAGCUAACUUUCCAAAAAAAAAAA